AUGUCAGAAACCACGCCCACAAAGCAUGACUACCCAGAUCAGAACAGCCUUCUGCUUCAAGCCUACCUCAGCAGCCCACACAGAAGCCCAGCACCCCGUCCUGCUGCACCCUGUCAUCCUGCUGCACCCCAACCUGCUGCACUCCGUCCUCCUGCUGUACCCCAACCUGCUGCACCCCGUCAUCCUGAUGCACCUCAUUCUCCUGCUGCACCCCGUCAUCCUGCUGCACCCCGUCCUGCUGCACCCUGUCAUCCUGCUGCACCCCGUCAUCCUGCUGCACCCCGUCAUCCUGCACCCCGUCAUCCUGCUGCACCCCAUCCUGCUGCACCCUCAUCCUGCUGCACCCCAUCAUCCUGCUGCACCCCGUCAUCCUGCUGCACCCCAACCUGCUGCACCCCGUCAUCCUGCUGCACCCCAUCCUGCUGCACCCCGUCAUCCUGCUGCACCCCGCCCUCCUGUUGCACCCUAUCAUUCUGCUGCACCCCAACCUGCUGCACCCUGUCAUCCUGCUGCACCCCGUCCUGCUGCACCCCAACCUGCUGUAUCCCAUCAUCCUGCUGCACCCCGUCCUGCUGCACCCCGUCAUCCUGCUGCACCCCAACCUGCUGCACCCCGUCAUCCUGCUGCACCCCGUCCUGCUGCACCCCAACCUGCUGCACCCCGUCAUCCUGCUGCACCCCGUCAUCCUGCUGCACCCCAACCUGCUGCACCCCAUCAUCCUGCUGCACCCCGUCCUGCUGCACCCCGUCAUCCUGCUGCACCCCGUCCUGCUGCACCCCGUCAUCCUGCUGCACCCCGUCCUGCUGCACCCCGUCAUCCUGCUGCACCCCGUCCUGCUGCACCCCGUCAUCCUGCUGCACCCCAACCUGCUGCACCCCAUCAUCCUGCUGCACCCCGUCAUCCUGCUGCACCCCGUCAUCCUGCUGCACCCCAACCUGCUGUACCCCGUCAUCCUGCACCCCGUCAUCCUGCUGCACCCCGUCAUCCUGCUGCACCCCAACCUGCUGCACCCCAACCUGCUGCACCCCGUCCUGCUGCACCCAUUUUCUCCACAGCACCAUGGGGGCGGGCGGGGUGUUUCUUCUGCUUACUGAGCUCCGGGCCUUGGAGCCUUGCACACCAUAGGUGCUCAGUACUGACUGAGACGAACAAUUCACAGCGAGCAGGAGCCUCCGCGCCACUGAGCACACCGCUCAGGGACUAACUUUUAUGCCAGCUAUCUGAAAGCUUUGAAAUCCUCUGGGUAGAGCAAGGCUGGCCUGGGGUGGGCUGCAGGUGGAGACUGAAGUCUGAACAAUGUUCCCCACUCACAGGGAAGAGCCCUAGAGGAGGCUCCAGCCUCAGAGCACUAGGUGCCUGGGUAAAGGGCUGAGAAGGAUGUACACAGACAGG